UUGACAAAAAAUCAAGAAAGAUACAAAGACCGUCUCGAAUUCUAUGGUCACUUAUUCAGCAAGGGCUGCUCAGUUAGGCCUUAAAGUCUAACAAAAAAAUUCUAUAUCUUGUUCUCACGAAUUUAUUAGUUCCCUCCAACGACCUAUAAGUACCAAACCAAACCCUCAUUCUUUUAUCAUUUUCAUUAGCUAAUUUUCACUACAAUACUAUUAAAAUUAAUUAGCAUUUUCAUCAUCUCCUCCUUUUUUCAUCUUCUCUAAGAAAUCAUGGGUGUGUUCACAUUUACAAUGGGUGAAUUCACCAGCCAAGUUGCCCCAGCUCGGUUAUUCCAAGCUUUGUGCAUUGACAACCACAAUUUAUUGCCUAAAGUUGCACCCGAGAUUAAAAAUGUCGAGAUCAUUCAAGGCGACUCUACUUCUAUUGGAUGCAUCAAGAAGAUAAAUUUUGCCGAAGGGGCUCCAUUCAAGUAUGUGAAAAAUAGAGUGGACGAGAUUGAUUGUAGUAAGUUUUACGUCAAGUAUACCAGCUUCGAAGGAGAUGUACUUCGUGAUACUUGGAGUGUGCAGACUGCAGUCUACGAGCACAAGUUCGAGACUUCUAGCACCGGAACUCACUACAAGAUGUUAGCACACUUUCACACUAAGGGAGAUAAUGUCGUGACAGAAGAGCAUGUUGCACAUGGAAAAGAUAAUAUUAUGAAGAUUUUCAAGAAUGUAGAAGAAUAUCUCAUUGCCAACUCUCAAGUCUAUGCUUGAAAGUACAAUACUCUAUCCAAGUCUAAUGAGUGAUCUUGACUAAAAUUUUACGUCUUUGGUGUGAUAAUGAAAAUUGCAAAAACAAAAAAUAAAUAAAUAAAUAUGACUAUGUAGUAUACUAUGUGGUGUUGUCUUUUGUUUACUAUUUUUUUUCCUUUGGAAUAAUGUUGUUGACAAGAAUAAAUAUGUGUUCAAAAGUACUUGGUGAUUUAUAAAAUAUGAAAGACGUCUUCGAAA